AUGAUCCGCCAUGCUCUGGCUUCCACGUGUAAAGGCGGUACUAAUCAGCCGCUCGGCGCCCCUCAACCAAUUAACCACGGCACUCCAGGGACAGUUUCACACUCUGCCCCCCUCACAUUUGACACCAUACUAGUGUUGACGAGACCUCAAGUACGAGUGUUGGCCAGGUCUGUAUGUGGCCUCCUCCAACCAGGGAAUCUUUGUGGCAUUAUCCCCGCGAUGGACUACCUGCAAUGCCGAGAUUCUUCUCUCUGCUCAUUUAAGAACCUGUGUCUGCGCUGGGCGCCAAACAUUCAAAUAAGGACAGCAGAGACAAAGGUGUAA